AGAAGCGUACAGGAGAGUCCGCUGAUGAGAGAUGCGCUCGUCUCAACAGAGAGAAACAGACAGUUGAAGACGGAGUGGAAAGAGUUAACGAUAGUACUCAUAAAUAGCUGAAGAAUUCAGUAGCUGAAAUUGAAGUGGACGCGGAGAGGUGGGAGUGUACAGUUAUGGAGCUUAUUACUACCAAAGGCGAUGCAAAUUCGGAGGAUGACAGUAGGGGGCAACAUCGAGACGGGCAACAGAGAGACAUCGUCGCUAGGAAACAAGUGCAAAGAAAUCAGCUGGAGGUGUGUCCUGGACUGGUUUCUGGAGACACACACCCGAUGUGCCGUGGGCACAAUCGGGGCGAUCUGGAACCGAAAGCUGGCGAUGCCGCAGGAGAAGAUGGGACUGUUGCUGAAAAAACACCCGGUUUGCCCAGGAGCGAGAAGGACAAUCAGAACAAAGGGAGUUCUGGUGGCUCCGGAACAGCGACUGACCCGGGGUUAUCGGACGGCAGGCAGGCUGGCAGAAAGAAGCAUCGGCGACGUCCAUCCAAGAAGAAGCGCCGCUGGAAGCCUUACUACAAACUGUCAUGGGAAGAGAAGAAGGAACUCGACGAACGAGAGACUAUACGGGCAUCGCGAGUCCGAGAGGAGAUGUUCGCCAAGGGUCUUCCCGUAGCCCCAUACAACACUACCCAGUUCCUGAUGGACGAGCACGACCGUGAAGAGCCGGAUCUGAACACGGAACUCGGCGGGCGACGGUCCUUCGGUGCGAUUCGCUCCGAGGACACAGCCAGCGAGGAAGACUAUUUCGAUCAAGACGAGGAAGAGGAUGAGGAAGGUGACGGCAGCAGUGAUGGCAUGGGAAGACCGGGGCAUGCAGGCGGUGAGUUUCUCCAGAAGGACUUCUCCGAAACUUACGAGAGAUAUCACGUCGAGACUCUGCAGAACAUGUCCAAGCAAGAACUGGUGCAGGAGUACCUAGAGCUGGAGAAGUGCCUGUCGCGACUGGAAGAGGAAAACAACCGGCUGCGCAACGUCGAAAAAGACACUGAUGCGACAGCUGAGACCCCGGUCGAUGCAGCCCAGCGUCUCCGGGAGUUGGAGAGUGAACUCGAGAGACUGAAGGCGCAGAACAGCGAGUUGCUAGAACAGAGCCAACGGUACAGGGAGCAGAGCAUCAACGGGUCCACACCAGGAACGGACACUGGGCAAGAACCAGCGCAUGAAACCAAGUGAUGGACACUUUUGGUUAUGUACGAGUUCUGUUAUAUUUGUUUAUUCAUCUAAAUUCAUUUUUUUGACUGUAAGUUUCAGUACUGCUAUAGGCUCUUAGUUCCUGUUAACGGAGGACGAUCUGCAAAUUUAGAUUCCAUCCAGAAUGUCUAUUUUAAGUGUUUAAUUGAAAUAUAGCUAACGAUUUUACAAAUGCGUCACGUAGUCAUUAUUGCAAUUAAAAGGUCGAACUAACAAUGCUGCGUUUUAAUGAUUGUCAGUCGGGGGGGAGUUGUUUUCAAUACUGGAGUGCAUUUGUCGGACACAGGAUUUCAUAAAGGUUUGUCUAUGGCCUUCUUUAUUAAACAGAUGUGUCUUUUUUUGGUUAAUCCAGCCAAGUAGUUACAUAGCUGAUGCUCUUUGUCGUUUAUAUCCGGUUAUGGACAUAAAUUUCGCAGAUGAAGUCUGUUAAUGCAUGACCAAAGUUGUCUGUAUUAGAAUAUGUUUUUUUUUCAUGUUUACUUGAGGUUUAUCGUGUUUACAUGGCAAUUAAACGACUGGAUGCAAAAGUUCAA